AAUUUUGUUCAUUACUCGCACACCUAGUCCGGAAAACACAGCCUGGAAAAUUCUGAGGAAAACUUAUUCAAUCCGGCCUAGACAUCGGGCUCCAAGAUGAACCGCACCGACGACAUGAAGCGGGCCUCGCUGCACGACCACAAGAUGAACGCGAUGGCAUCCAUGGGGUGGGCGGUGGACGCGGACAUCCCGAUGGCCAACGCCGAGAACCUGGCCAUUCUGAAGGAGCUGACCAGGCUCCGUGCUCUGAAGCUGGAGGCGCAGCAGCACAUGAACUCGCUGGAUGAGCGCGAGAAGGCGGUCGAGCGGCAUACCCGGAACAUUGAGGGCACUAUCCAGCAGAAUAUGACCCUGUAUGGCUCCAUGAAGGAUGACGUCAUCAAGGAGGCUCAUAAAGUGCAAUUGGUAAUUUUGGAGCGUAAUAAAAUCAAGGAGGAUCUGCGAAAGAACCAGAAGGAGCUGGAGGAGUUCAAAGAGUUUGCUGAAACCACAGAGCGAAAAAUAUGCCAGAACAAGCGCGAGAUCGAUGAGCUUACCAAGCGCAUCAAGUCGGCCAAGACCACCCUGGUGGAGUGGACCGAGGCAAUGGAGGACGGCAACAAGGGCUACCAGCUGAUUGAGAAGUACUACCUGGACGAUCAGCAGAAAGCCAGGGAGCUGAAUACCAAGCGCCAACUCCUUCAGGCGGAGAUCGACAAGCGGCGCAAACAGGUAGUGAUGCUCUACGAUGAGCAGACCACGCUCGAGAAAAAUCUGGAGCGUACCGCAACCCUCUACCGGGCCGCCCAUGUGGAGCGGCGACAGAUGGUGGAUACUUGGAAGAGCGCCGUCAAUCAGAUGACCCAACGCGAAUCCGAUAUCCAGCUCAACGAGAUCGAGUGCUCCGAUCUGGCCAAGAGAGCUCUGAUAGCGAGCCAGAGCUACAAGGACCAAGACCGCCAGCUGGACGAGGUGAUCGAGAACAAUCGUCAGGUGGAGAUGAGCAUUGAGAUCCUGAAUGAGGAGACGUCGGACCUGAAGAACCAGAUUCAAAGGAUUGUAGAUGCCGCAGCUCUAAAAGAUCGGGAGAUCGAUGGCUUGCGAAAGGAACUGGAGAACCUUUCAAACCAGGUGCACUUGCAGCGUGUGGAGAACAAGGCCCAGACCAAGUUGCGCGACAAGAAGAUCCAGGAGCUUAAUAACUUUGAGUCUGUGAUGGAGAAAGUGAAUGCCCGACUUGAGGCGAUCCAAAACAAAGCGCUGAAUGCGGAUCAGCGGCUGCGCAUCCUGGAGGACAUGAUUAGUGCCGAGGAUGAGGCCCUGAAGGCCCUCGACAAGGAGCAAGAGAAGGUCAACGAGUUGCUGUACCGCACCCAGCGGCAGGUGGAGGAGUUGACCGACGAGCAUAAGAUUCUUCUCGUUCAGAACGACUCCUUGGUCUCCAAUCUGGCUGCCGUCAAACGCGGCCAAAAAGCCAUCUACCAUGAACUCCAACGACAGACCGAGAUCCAUUACAGCUUGUCCUUUAAGUAUCUGGAGGCGGAGCGCAAGUACGCCGAGAUGAAGGGCCAGAACGAAGACCCCGAACUGGAGGCACAAAACCUGGCCAAGCUAAGCAACCUCGAGAUGGAGUUCGAGAAGCUUACCCGCCUGAUAGCCACCACCGAGGCCCAGAACAAAAAGCUCAACCACAACAUGAACAACCUUGUGGUACAGUACAAUGCCGACGAGAAGGACCUGGAAAUGGUCAGGUUCAAGAUCAAGGAAGCUCAGGUCUACUGUGAGGGCACGGUGAAGAGACUGCGCCAGAACCGCUACGAGAACUCGGAGCUGAUCGUCGAUCUGAAUAUGGUGAAGAUGCGCUGCAACGACAUGGAGGUGGGAAUCGGGGGCUGCGAGCAGGGCACCUAUGACCUGGAUCAGCAUCGUCUUGCCUUCAGACGGGCCAUCAAGGACCGCACCGUGGAGCUGCGAAGCCAGGAGGAUGUGCUCCUGCUGAAGAGGAAACACCUCAACGAGGAGCUGAGCACCCUCCGGGCAGAUCUUGGCGAGCGGAAGAAACAUAUCGAGGCAAUGCAGUCUAGGUUCGAGCUAACAUCCCAGCUGCUGGGCAAGAACGAGGAUGGCACCAUAAUGACCAGUACCCAGCUGAAGGUGGCGAGUGCCCAGGAGCGCCAGAUGCUGGCCGAUGAGGGCGACGAGCUCAACAAGAAGGUUCUAAAGGCCGAGAAGGAGGUGGUGGCCCUGGAGAAUACUCUACACCAGUUCGACCAGUCCAACGACAAUUACCGCAAAACUUUCACAUCAGCGGAUGACAAUUCCAAAGAUCGCGAGCGUGCCGAGAUUGAGCUUAAGGAGCUGGAGGCCUCCUACUGUCGCGACCUAGAGAAGCUGAAGGUGCUGCGCUGUAAGGCCCAGCACUACGACCAAAAGCAUGAGGCCCAGAGGGCGGAGGAGACCGACUUGAUCAAUCGGUUGGAGAAGGCACGCGUCCAGCGAGCGCAGAAUGCCGAGACCCUGGAGAAGAUCGAGCGAGAUUUGGACGAGCAGCGACUAAAGCUGGACCGGGCACAGCGUGAGAUUCGAAUGCAACUCCGAGAGAUACGGGCCCGGCCAUUUAGCGAAGAAUACCUGGCCGCCUUUGAGCGGGAGAUCAGCCUGCAGGAGCUGGAGUCCCGCAACAAUAAGGCCCUCAACAUGAUCACCGAUCUGGCCAACAGUGACGAGAACGGCACGGAGAUCAUGCACUACCUCCUCCGCAAGGGCAUCAAAAUGCCGACCCACUUGAAACGCACUCGUAGCUGCGUGUCUUGGAGCUCCUCCGAAAAGUCCUCUGAGAUGCAGGAUGCUGGCUCCUACAUCAGUGCCAAGGGGAAGACCUUCCUGGGCGCACCCACCAGUGCUAGGUCUACGGCCUCGGAGUUAUCCACCCCCUCCAUGAGAGACGAUAGCUCCACUACGUCCCUUUCCGGCAUUAGCAUCGUAUCGCUCGAGUUGCCCGAAAUGAAAAAACCACCAGAAAAAAGGAAGUCAAAGAAGUAGUUUUAGUUAGUUCGCUUGUUGCCUUUAUUUUUAUUGUUUGUACUUGGUUUAUGAUCUCGAUCCCAUAAUGAUAUAUAUUUUCCUUCGAGCUUCACGUGCUUGGUCAUCGCACUGUUUACAAAUUGGCCAACUAAACAGAACAGCAAUUGGGAUGCGUUGGCAAAGCUGGCCAAAACAAGAGAGCGCCGGUGGUAAUAAAAAUAGCUCACCAAAAA